GAGUGGACGCCAUCCACAAUAUGGUGUCUUCAAAUGUGAAAUGUGAAGGUUUUUUGUUUUUAUGAUGUAGUGGAUCGUUUCUGGUGCAGCGCCACAUGUUCAGAUGGAUGCGCUUCAGAAACCAACCUUGAAUGGAGGCUACGGGACACGUGUUUCUCCGAAAACCCGAAUUACUGCACCCAAGUUGACGUUAACGCUAGCUGUUUUUAUUUUUAAGUAUCGCUAAACGCACUAAAUCUAGCCUUGACUGACUUGCACGAACUAUCACCUUUUUGCUUGGGGGCAUCACAUUAUUCCACCGGCAGUUUCUGGUCCAGUACUUGAGGACAGAGACAUCCCAGAAGUUUGCCUUGCCCCCUCCUCAUGUCCGAGGACUCAAGCAGUGAUGAAGACUGGCGUACACCCACAAAAAGGCAUGUGGAUGAUGCAGCACACCGAGCAGCAAAAUGUUGGGAAUGUGGCAAAAAAUUCUACAAAAUAACAAACCUGAUGUCGCACUAUAAAAGCCACGAUAUUGAGGCUACCUGCCACAUCUGUGAGGUUACAUUCCGACGCCUGACGUCACUCUCCACGCACCUGGAUAAUGCACACUCGCCACCUUUCUGUAAAAAAUGCCAUCAGUAUUUCAGUAACGGCUGGGACUUGAACAAGCACGCAGAGGCACAUUGCAUUGGCGCCGUGCCUUUUCAAGAAGCUCCCUCUCCCGUUCCUGUGGCCAUAUAUCAGACUCAGAAUAAUGACAACUUUCCUGAUGAUGUCACUGCACAGGGACUGAUGUGUGAUCCAGUGUCAGAUAUGAGGCCUCAACAGAGAAGUGCGAUGAUGCCUGACACAACUGAGACACCUGAAAACAGUGUUGAGUAUAUUAUUGGUGAAGAUGAUAGAGAUAUGGAUAUGGACACGGACAGUAAUUGUGAGAAAUCCGAUGAUUCAACGAGCAGUGAGUCUGAUGAUGAAGUUAAGACGCGCUCUAAACCUGCAGACUUGUGUGCAAAUGAUCCAGAAUCAGAUGACGGCUCAAGUUCCACUGAUUGUUCCAGUGACUCUUCUAAUAGUCCACACUCUAAAAACUCCCCUGCAGCCCUGCCUGCUGUUAUUAGUACAAUGUGUGAUGCGUGUGGUAGAGGGCCAUUUAGGUCAAUGAAGCUCCAUUUGCUGCACUGUAGUGGUGUGAGGGUAAAAUAUCAGUGUACAGUGUGCAAGGGCGUCUUUGUAACUGAAUCGUCCCUUAAAGAACACUACAUGCCUUUGUUUUCCUGUGAAGUCUGCGGCCAAGUUUUCCCUCGUGAGAACUCGUACCGUCAACACCAGUGUCCAAAGGGGAAAAAAUCGCCUCUGGCUCUCUUUUGUACUGAGUCAAUGCCGCAUGCAUGCAACAUAUGCAAAUCCUUUUUCACUACGGACAAAACUUUGUUUAACCAUGUCGCCAGAGUUCACACGUCAGUGGUCAGCACCAAGGUGUGCAUUAUCACCAACCCAUCAGCGCUGACUGAUAAAAAGGUUUCAGCAGGUGUUCCUGGCUCAGCAGCCCAGUCAGCCAUCAGCAGUCCAAGUACAGUCAACCAGGCCAUGAAUGGAAAGCUGUGUGUGAGACCCCCUUCCACUAUGUGCAUGGCGCCCUCUGCUGGUAGAGGCGGCACCAACCAGCCUGUAACCCGUCUGUCUGCGUCCUUAUUAGGCCCUCCUGGUGCCACGGACACAGCUCCAAGCCCUGCAGCCUCUGACCUCAUCACCCCACCAACGCCAACGAUCAUGGCCAUGUUUGAGAACGACAGCAAGGACGCGGCGUUGGUGAAACGUAUGAAGACAGGCUGGCGCUCUAAAGCCCCUUACCCCUGCAGGCAUUGUGGGGCCAUUUUGCGGCAGCCGUCCCUCAUCAUCAUCCACCGCUACCUCCACCGAGGACGCCGCUCGCACCAGUGCCAGUGCGGCAGAACUUUUAAGCACCGGCUGCACCUGCUGCGACACUGCGUCCAGCACGCGGAGACUGUUAGUUACAUCUGUGUGAGCUGCGGGGAAACUUUCACCGGAGCGAAACUCUUAGCUGAACACAUGAAGGGCAAGUCACGAAUUAAAUCGCGUUCUGGACGAACGUGGAAACAUAAAGUGAAGAAAAAGUGCAGAAUGCGCUUCACAUGCGACUGUGGACAGCUCUUUGUGAGGCCUUCGGCUUACAUUUGGCACCAACUUAAAAACUGGACAAAAACUAAACGAUUGAAGAAGCCCUUGGAAUGACGAAGCACAUCUGUAAUCCAUGCUGGCUUCUAGCUAUUCUUUGUUUUACUUUAUGUUCCACGCUUUAAAACAAGGUUUAAGGAGCAGUGUGUAGGCUUCAGGGGGGAUCUAUUGGCUGAAAUGGAAUAUAAUAUUCAUAGCUAUGUUUUUAUUUGUGUAAAAUCACGUGAAACAAAGAAUAAUAUUCUUGUUAGCUUGCCCUUUAUAUCUUGUGGAGUAUGUCUUCUUCCCAUCUUAUUGCACCACGUGUUUCUACAGCCUGACGUUACCUAAAGGCCACUGUGGAUUCUCUGACAUGCUUGGAAAGGGAGGGGUGAGCUCAGGAGGGUUUAGUUGGGUGUAACUCCCUGCUAGAUGCCACUAAAUCCUGCACACUGCUCCUUUAAAUCAAAAGGGAUCUUUUCUUCCUGACCUGAGCUACUUUGUUUCAUUUCUUUAGGACAAAGUCGAAGCAAAAUCACGUACACGUUCAUUCUAAAUGGCUUUUAAUCAUAAGCAUGUCCUGGAUGGUUGUUAACAUGUUUUUUUUACCACCGUGCAAAUGAUACAUAGUAAACAAUGUUGGAACAAGUUCCUCAAAAGUUCUUUUGACAACACAUUGGAUUACAAAUUAACCCACAAGGAACUUUUUUUUAAAAACACAUCAAAACUCCAGUUUAUUCUCCAGAGAGAGUUAAUCCAGUUUGCUAUAUAUUUUAUUCUCACAAAGUGCAUUCUUAACAGCGAGGUUUGUGUUGAGUCCUUGUUUUUCAGAUUUGUUUUCGCUACAGCUGAUUCAAAUGUUUUGCUCCUGUGAGACAUUGUAGAGGUCUUGGUAUUCAGGUUAAAAAUAGCAUAUGACGAUUUUAUAGUUGUUAUAUAAUCUUAAUGAUUUUAAUGUUCACGUCCUCAAUAUGAUCAUGUUUGCUUUGUUCAAGUCCACUAGAUGGAGCUGUCGGGUUGCUAAAAGACAACUUGCCCUGUUCCAUUGUUUCAGAGCAGGUGUAAACUGAUGAUUACAACCUUAAAGCUGCACAUGAAUCUAUGAGUUUCAUCCUAUAAACUUCCAAUUUUUUUCCUUUUCAGUUCAAAAUAAAGGUUUCUUCUAAAGAGUCUUGAAUUGA